UCAACACAGGCGUAGCUUUCUUGUUGAAUGAACUACCCUAUGCAUCGGAUCACCUUGUCUGUGUCAUCUCAGUAUUCAAUAAAUACUAAAUUCAGUCUAAUUGUUGGAUUAUUAUUCUGCUUGUGUGUAUUGUGCUACCAAAGAGACUUUUCAUUCAAGCUUGUUGCAGUUGGACAAUAAUAUUACACAAAGAUUUUGACAAACUAAGAGUUGUUUCUAUUGGCAAGAUUUUAUUUUAAAUAUAAUUAUAUAUUAUUUUAUUUAUUAUUUAUUUUAAUAUGUUAUAAUUUAAUAUUUUUUUAUUCAAUUAUAAAAUCAUUUUUUUUUAACCAAUUACAAGAAGAAAAUACCCUAAAAAUGACAUACGAGCUGAACUUUGGUUUGCAACAAAGAGCAGGAGUAAAGAUUGCGAUAUUAUUUUGGACGAAGCAAGAAGUAAAAGAUAGAAUAGUGCAAUUCUUUCAGAACAACGAUCAGUUCUAUACCAAUGAAGUCAAGGACCGAUGGCGCGAAUUCACCAAGAACGUAAUGAACGAAUUCUAUGACGAGAAAUUACCUCAACUAUUAGAAGCCGAAGUGAUGCAUCUUGUGAAAAUCAUAGGUGAAAAUUUAUUUGAUAUGUAUCAAUUUAUUAAAUACGAAGAUCAGCCUUCAUUCGAAGUUGAAAAUAUAUCCUUGAAUUACAUUGAUAAGUUACACUGGACAAGUUAUGGUAAUAUAGACGGAGCAAAAACACUAAAGACCUUUUGGUUGGAUAAUCCAAAUUUGAGUGCUACAAAAGUGUAUGAUAUUGCCUGCAGCUACGCUGUGGAAGAGCACAUUGAUCAAUUGUGGCAUAAAAUACCAAAUGAUAUACAAAAUAAUAAUUAUGAAGACAUUUUCAACCGUUUGAAUAGGCACAUUUUGGCAUAUUGGAAAUGUCGGAGAGAUAAUACUUUACCUAAUUUAAUAAAGUAUUUUGAAUCAGCGGCAGGUGACUCUGAAGAACAUCUAGCAGAGUUGAGUUUUAUGUAUGAUCAAAAUCUCACACCGGAGGUGAAUAUGUUAAAAUUAUCAGUGCAUGAGGGAUACAGCACUGCAACAAAAUAUUUUUGGAGCAAGAUCCCAGAAGAGCAUAGGAAUAUAAAUUUAUUAGAAUUUGCUUGCAAGACUGUCGAGAACUACAACUAUUAUGAAAAAAUGAAUCACACCAUCAAAGACUACAUGAGAGGGCAAUAUGUUGAAAUAUGCAUGUUUUUAAUAUCUCAGAUGACGGCGAAUGAUAAGCAGUUAUUUUUUACCACAAAAAUAAGAUCAUAUGGAGUAUACAAUGUUGAGUUACUAGAUCCAAGAAACGAAAUAUUGAAAAUGUUAUUGUCAUCAUGGCCAUGGCAGGAACUCUUUGUGUCUGUAUUGAAGGACGUAGUGAAAUUCCAAAACUAUGAUAAUACCAUGGUCUGUACAUUCAUGGACGUAAUUACAAAUAAACUAGUUGAAGAGUAUGAGCUAGGAUAUUCUACAGAAACAAGCAAAUACCGUACCUUAUUAUAUCAAGCCUGGCGUAUUAUUCCAGAAUUUACGAAACAGAACAUGCUUGGUGAAGAUGUGAAUUAUAAAUUUGUAUGUGAUUUAAUAAAUGUGUGGGACAUAAAUAGUUUAAAAUUGAUAUUAAAUGAUCCAGCAAUUGCAGCUAUCAGGAAUGAAUUUAUAGAGCUUGGAUCAGAAUCUUACGAACGAUUAAUUGCUGAAGAUCAGUUUGAAAAGCUAGAUGAGUUUAUGGAAGAAAUUUUCAAAUCAACAAUAGAGAAGAAAUUUUUUAAACAGACGAUCAAUGUUUGGCAUCUUUUGAUAAACAAUAAUCAAUUCCAAAUUGCAGAUAAACUAUUGAACUGGCAAGAUGUUACACCUGAAGAAGAGGACUCCAUCAAGAAUAAUAUUGAUCAUAUUAGUCUAUGUAAAGAUCUUAUAGAAAGACAACAAUAUGAUGCAGCAAAUAAUUUGUUGAUUUGGAAAUUCAAGACAGAAGAAGAGCGAAAGAAGUGCAGAGAUCAUUUUAAAAGUGAUAUAUUUUCAAUUGAACGAAUUUAUAAAAUAUGGAAAAGGCAUAAGUUAAAUAUUCAACAGUCCACAUGGGAAUCAUUGCAAUUUUUAAGUUGGUUUUUAGAAUCCGAAAGAGAGAUUGUAAGGUUCAAAAAAGAAAAAAUAAUCCAUUCCGAGAUGAAUGAUUUUUUUAUGGAUUAUUUAUGUGAAAUGAAUGCUGUUGGUAUUAUUGAUUACUUUAUAAAUUGGUGUUCAGUAUCUAAGAAAGUAGGGCGGACAACAAAGAAAUCGGUAUUGAGAUUACAAAGAGAUUCAGAUUGGUUUACUGAUGACAUGUGAGAUUAUGACAAUCAAAUUGAUAAUUGUAAAUAGUUUUUAUUUAUUUAAGUUGUUAUUUUUUUUUUAAGCAUGUAAUUAUUAUGUAUGCUUGAUUGACAUAUCAAUGAUGAUUCAUAAAAAAACUGUACUAUAUUAUUAGUUUAUAAACAGAAAUUCUUCUUAGACUUUUUUAAGUAAUACUUCAAUUUUUUUAUCAAAUAAAUAGUUCAUUGUUGUGAUUUGAUAUCUUCUUAACAGUAUUAAGAAAACUUGUCAUAUUUUAAGAACAAAAUUACGAAAUAGAAACACAUUGAUAAAAUAAUUUUAAAAAAAAUAAAAAAAAAUACUUAAAAAAAACUCUUUCAUUGAUUCAUAAUCGGAACCAAUCUAAGUUUAAUACUCGUUAUUAAGUACCAUUAAUGAUAAGAUGGUUUUAUAGGUCUUAUUAUCAUUUUUACUUCUUCAGGUUCAAGUAACAAAACAUUAAAUGUAUACAAUAAUCAGGAAAUCGUGGACGUACAUUGAAACUGCAAAACUUUUUUUGCUUUAUUGACUUAUUUUAAAUCGCAAUUAAGCAUCUCAGAAUUGACUUC